AUGACUGAUGCUGUCGGUGACAGGGCGCUGAGUGGGGAGUGGGAGAGGAUAUCAAUUAAAUGUUUCGAAAUACAGAAAGAUAUGAUCAUCUUUUUCAAGGGCGACUCGUGCAACAUUGUCGACGAGGAGGGCAACCUUAUUCCGGACGGAUGCCUAGGCCCUAGCGUUGAAGAAACAGAAAGGGAGGCUCAAACAAUUUGUGAUCGAUACUCCCCCCGUCUCCUGCUCGUCUUUCCACAAUUUGCUCUUUUCAAUUCCUACCCGAAAUUGUUCAGGCAAUUUAUCAACCAUGUGACGCCGCAUAAAUUAGAAGGAUAG